AUGGAUAAGAAACUAGAAACGAUUAUCGAUACGACGAUUGAAAGAUUCAAUAUUAUCGAUGUCGAGGUCAAAGGUGUACUUGUUUGUGAUAAAAAUGGUUUGGUCUUAGCAACCAAAAAUGUUUCGAUAGCUCCUGGACCUAUCGCACGAUUGGCGGAGUUGGCAACGGAAUUGUCCGGUCGGCGGACCACUGUUUGUCUUGAAAAUAAUGAGGACCAAGUAUUGAUCAAUCAGACGGAAAAGGCAGUUGUUGGCGUGUAUACCAAACAUGCUAGUUGA